GAAGCCAUGUGACCCAGUGGGACAGGCCAUGUGCACAAUAAAAAGGUUCAGUUGUAGGAGAAAAGAAAUUCAUUUCAGCGUUCUAAUUUUACCAUGGACCCCACACUUCAAACACUGAGCCUUGUAUUGGCAUUAAUGGCUUGCACUCCUCUUUUUAAAGCACGAUUUGGAGAAGCAGUGUAUGUCCCAACAAGAUGCCAGUGUCUACAAAGCAGAAAAUCCAUUAGAGAACCAAUCGUGGAUUUUACUAUAACUGAAAAGGGAACACAUUGCAAAAAUGAUGAAAUCAUAUUAACUGUAAAAGAGACAGGUCGUCAACAGUGUCUGAGUCCAGAUGGCAGACAAGGCAAACGGCUGAUCAACUGCUGGAACAACAGAAUAAAUAAAGAGGAAAGCAGAAAGAAUAAAUGCAUCGUAAGGAGGAGGCGUAAACAGAAACAGAAAAAGAGCUCCAUGGCAAGGACCCCCCAAAACCAAAAAGGUGAAACGUCAUGAAUCCUCAGCAAUCUUGUGGGUGAAACAGAAACCAUGAAAGAAGAAGAAAAAGAGUGCAGCAGCAAACAGAAAGGAAUGGAAGAUGCCUGCUGAUUCAAAUAGGAACUGGGAGACAGCAGAAGAGAUCAUUUACUGUACAUUGAUUUAGAUGAUACUUUAUGUUGAGAUGCACUUUAAGAUAUUCUGGACUAACUUAACUGUAUGUAAAACCUGAGGACAUUCUGACAGAAUGUUUGGAGAGAACUGGAUGCUGUACAAAACCAGCAUUACCAUGGGUAAUAGUCUCUUCCAGUCAGGGUCGAGGCUCACUGGUGGAACAGGUUGGACGAGCACAGAGACUGCCAAAUGUGUAGAAAUACUGUAGUUACAGUCUCAAGUGUCUAUCUGAAAUCUUUCACACACACAAUUCAGAAAUGUGUUAUGUGUGCAUUACUGCAAAAUACAACAGUAUAAAAAUGAUAAGCAACUCAUUUUACCUGCUGGUUUCAGGGUUUUUCAUAAGGUAAUUGUAACUUUUAGGUCAUAUUUAUAUUUAUGUAAUUUGUUAUGUUAUGCUUAAAAUCUUUUAAAACUGUAUGUAUUUGUGUAAGUUCAGUUGAAAAUAAAACCAAAAAUAACUUGA